AUGGAAAUCCUCAACACCGAUGAACUUCACACCGUUGUGCCGAAUUCGCCACUAACACAUGCAGUUCAGAAUUCAACAUUCUAUACGUGGCUCAGGCUGGGAGGGCUGCUGGAACUGGCCUUUGCAAUGAUACAUGUCGGAAUCGAUAUUCAUCAGACGGUGGUCUUCACGAUCAAUGAUCAUGACCAAUAA